AUGGCGUACCCUUUCCAAAUAGGCCUCCAAGAUGCAGCCUCUCCCAUCAUAGAAGAACUUCUACACUUUCAUGAUCAUACAUUAAUGAUCGUAUUCCUAAUUAGUUCUCUUGUACUAUACAUUAUUUCAGUAAUACUGACUACUAAACUCACACAUACUAGUACUAUAGACGCCCAAGCAGUUGAAACAAUCUGAACUAUCCUGCCAGCUAUUAUCUUAAUUAUAAUUGCUUUACCAUCACUACGAAUUCUCUAUAUGAUAGACGAAAUCAACAACCCCUCUUUAACCGUAAAGACUAUGGGCCACCAAUGAUACUGAAGUUAUGAAUACACAGAUUACGAAGACUUAAACUUCGACUCCUACAUAAUCCCAACUCAAGAACUAAAACCCGGAGAACUACGACUACUAGAAGUAGAUAACCGAGUAGUACUCCCAAUAGAAAUUACAAUUCGUAUACUAAUUUCAUCCGAAGAUGUAUUACACUCAUGAGCCAUUCCAUCCUUAGGACUAAAAACCGACGCCAUCCCAGGACGCCUAAAUCAAACCACUAUUAUAGCUAUACGACCGGGACUAUACUACGGCCAAUGCUCUGAAAUCUGCGGCUCUAACCACAGUUUUAUACCCAUUGUUCUUGAGCUAGUACCUUUAUCCCACUUCGAAAAAUGAUCUGCCUCAAUACUAUAA